AUGCAGUGGCUCGCCGUGCUAGGCGCAUUGGCCAGUGCAGCAUCCGUGCUUGCGGAGCAGCAUGCAUUUCAACUGGACGAAGCGCCUCCAACGACGUUGACACGACCAGAUCAGACACUGACAGGCCGCUUCUUGCAUAUCACGGACAUGCACAUUGAUAUGCACUACAAAGAAGACUCGGCCGUCGUAUCGCAGUGCCACCAUAACAAGCCCUACAGCAAGCAUGGUGGCAAGUGGCGUGCAGGAUACUGGGGCUCGUCUGUGAGCGACUGUGACGCGCCGCAUCGACUGCCGAAUGCUACGAUGCAGUGGAUCGCCGAGCAGUGGGCGCCUGCUUCGGAUCCCACAGAGGCCUCUAGUACACGUCGGAACCCGUUUGACUUUAUCCUCUGGACGGGAGACUCGGCUCGUCAUGAUCAGGACCCAGAGAUAGAGCGUACAUCUGAAGAGAUUCAGCAACUCAACCGAGAUGCCGUGGCUAUGUUUGCGUACCAUUUCCCUGGCGUACCGCUUGUGCCGAACUUUGGGAACAAUGAUAUUGUAGCGCACAAUACCAUGAUGGCGGGUCCAUCUAAAGAAAUUGAGGAGUUUGCGCGCAUUUGGGAAGACCAUAUCCCCAAGGAUCAAAGGCCCACGUUCUUGCGUGGUGGCUUCUAUGCGAAGGACCUCAUCCCCAACAAGCUGGGCGUGAUCAGUCUCAACACGCUGUAUUUCUACGACUCGAACAAGGCGGUAGAUGGGUGUCCACGUCGGCGUCGGAAAGAUGAAGACGCCGAUGUGGAUAUCGGCACCCUGGAACUCGAGUGGCUUACUGACCGUUUGAUUGAGUUCCGUCGUCGAAAUAUGCAGGUGCACAUUAUCGGUCAUGUCCCGCCGACGGCUGGUAAUUACUACAAGCGGUGCUUUGAUGUGUACACAGAAUUGGUACUGCGAUUCCAGGAUACGAUCCUCGCGCAGCACUUUGGGCAUAUGAACUUGGACGCGUUCUUUGUCCAAGAAUCGUCUAUCGUGAACGACCGUGCAUCGAAGGGCAAGAAAGGACAGAUUCUGUACAAAAUGAUCGAGCAGGAUCUGCGCUACGACUAUGAGUCGCUGCCUGGCAACGCACGAACGGACAUGGACUACUACAGCGUGUUUUACGAGGCGCCCAGCAUGGUGCCUACGUACCUACCGUCGUUCCGUGUAUGGACGUACAAUAUCAGCAUGGAGCACAGCAAUCGUCCCUUUGUCGUAAUGUCCGACGACGAUGCAUCGCUGCUGCGUGAGUAUGUGUCGUACGACUUGUGUGACGACGAUGACCUCUCCGAGGAAUGUGUGUGGGAAGGCGACGACGACUUUGCCAUUCUGAAAAAGGACCGCCGACAUCGCCGUCCCAAGCGCAAGCACCGCCGUCGGCAUGCCAAGCUGCCGAGGUACGCCUCGCCUUCGGCGCCUUCGCGAACCAACACACACUUAUCCCUACUGGGCUACAGCCAGUGGGUCAUGGACCUGGAUCGUGCGAAUGCACAGUAUGAAAACACCCUACGGAAGUACGGGAAAGAAGCUGCUGCAAACCUCACAAUUGAGUUUGAUCUGGAGUAUGCUACGUACGAAGCCCAUGUGCUGUGGCACCCCUUCCUGGACGAGCUGGAGCAGAAGAACCCUGACCUCACGCCGCCAGUGCACCACCACUCGCCCGAAGAACACCAUAUUCCUGUGCCGAAGCAUUUGCUUUCGCAUGUGCUCGAUACCGUGCAGUUGGACUCGCCCUUCCAAUGCAAUAAGCAAGCCUGUAAAUUCGCCAAGCCUCUCAAGGCCUUCUCCAACUACGCACUCGAAGAUAUGACUCUUCGGUCCGUCAUGGACUUGGCACGUCGGCUGGUCCUCGAGCCCAAGCUAUGGAAAAGCUAUGUGCAUCGCUUGUACUGUAACAGUUUGAAAAACUAA